GAGGUCUGCUGGUGAUUUUUUGUCUCCAGGGCUUCGCUGUUCCGCUAUUUUCUUAAACAUCAGCAAGACCGGGGCAUGAAGCCGUUCAACUUCCAGUGGAACCGUGUAGCAGACGUCAAGAUGUACCUGGAUGGAGGUCAGAGGUCAGAGGCCGUGACCUGCUGCUGUACCCGGGUGUUUCUCAAUGAUUUCUGGCAGUACAAGUUGGGCCUUGAAGGCAAACCAGAUGAAAGCUCCAGUGAAACUGACAGUGAAGAUGAAAGUGGCGAAAGGACUGAUAGUGAGAACAACUACUGUGAAGAAGAAAGUGAAGAAGUCUCACAUAUUUUUCACGGUUGUAAAGAAGAUCAUGACAGACAUGUUGCCGGCUGCACCAGUAGCGAAGUCUGCGGAUCAAGAUGUUGUACAGAUCCUAACAUCAACAGAAUAAAUUCUUCUCAGAACAAUAAUGGUAAAGAAACUGACACUGUGAGGUGCUCUACUGACAGUAGAGGGGCGUGUGACGUAGGAAAUAGUAGGCAGCAAAGUUUUAAUGACACGAUUCCAAUUCAGUCAGAGACAAAAGAAGACAAAUCAAUUUACAGACGAGAUGCUGCAGCAUCCUUAGAGAACCCUGUUAGUGUGGAGAGAGGAGAGAGAGGAGAGAGUGAGGAGGAGACUGGUCCUGAUGCUGCUGAUGAGGAGACGGCCAUGAUGCUGGCCAUGGGACUGCCCACCUGCUUUCAUGGGGACGGAACAAGCACACAAAAGAUGACAAACAAGCACUAUGGCAACAAGAGCAGGUGGGAAAGAUCAAGCCAUUCAAAAAGUAAAAGGAACCACAAAUACCACAACAGCUAUGAGUAUGCUGAUGCCAACCACGUCGCUACGAAGGAUGAAAAUAUCUACAACGAUGAGUUGCAGUUGUCUGGGGGAGAAGUUCCGACUUCUGAAGUCGUGGCAGCCAGGGAGAACUCCUGUGCUGACCUACAGCUGCAGUGGGAAGACUAUUGGACAAGUUAUGGGGAAUACCUUGUGUGGCAGAGUUGGUCUGAGAGGUAUCCAGAAUACGCAGGUAACCACGGUGGCAAUGGUCACCAAGGCAAUCCUGGAGAGACUAGUACUAGUUGCCAAGCAACAGAUCUAGAGACAGAUAGAGGGGAAACAGAGUUUACCGAAAAGAGUAAAACAGAUUUCUCUCAGCAGAAUGGUGAGAUUACGUCCUCACAAAACAGCACUGCCCAAGAACAUUGUAAUGGUCAUCACGUAGCAAGCACGGUACCAACUACUGGACAUUGUCAGUCAAAUGGUGAUAGCAACAGUGGCAAUAUAACACUUCAGCAAAAAUCAGUGGCCCUGCCUACAAGUAGUAGUGCUGACUUGGUGCAUCCAAUAGCAGUAGGAGAAACAGGGGAUACGGAGGCUGUAUCGGAGGACCAAAGACUGUGGGAGGAGCACUGGUGGGGGGUUUACUACCAAACAUAUCAGCAGUUCCUGCACUGGACAGGGAAGGAGCAGCCUUCUGAUUGGUGGGAUCAAACAGGAGUGGACCAAUCACAGGGAAGCAAUCUUGGACCAGAAGUUCAUAGUCAAGAAGUCUCCACGUUGGGAAAUAUCACCACUGAUCAAUAUUACAAUCCAUCAUCAGAAUCAAAGUCCUCAAGUCAAAAAGAGGGUGAUGUGUUGUUAUGCAAGGGAACCAGAGAAAUCAGCCAAUCAGAAUCUGUGCUUGACAUACCUGACCAAUCAAAGGAACAGGUCAGUAGCCAAUCAGAAUCUGUGCUUGACAUACCUGACCAAUCAAAGGAACAGGUCAGUAACCAAUCAGAAUCUGUGCCCGACAUACCUGACCAAUCAAAGGAACAGGUCAGUAGCCAAUCAGAGAACUGCAUUGAAAAGAACUUUGAAAAAUCUGACCGAUGGGAAAGGAUAUCGAUAAAGGAGACUGUCACUUCUCCCCAGACAGAGUGUGCAGAGCCCAGUGAUGGCCAAACGGGAGAAAAAAGGAAACAAGAAUCGACUAAAACUGGACCAGAAUCAGAUGUCCAGCCUACAUCAAACCACAGGACAACAGUCAACUCUGUCACACCAGGUGGCAGUCACCAUGGUAACACAGAUGAUGAUGAGGACCCUCCAGAAGAGAGACGAGUCAAGAUGAAAAGGAGCCAUGAGCUGGAUGAAGAGGAAACACCAGCAUCACAGGCAGAGGAGGAACGGGAAGAGGGAGAGGCGACUGACCCGACCUCAGAACAAGACCAGAUGACCUCUGACCCGGCUGCCAGGAUGGAGUCAGCCUUUGAUGUCAUCGGCCUAAAAUUCGCCCGGCCGCCUGCAGCAAGGUUUGAUGCAGACGGUGAGGUGAGCUUCUGUGAGAUGAGUCCUGUGGUGGGGAGGGUCCGAGACUUCCUACAGGCUGUCACUAAAGAAACAACAGCUGGGAGAAAUCUCGAGGGCCCCUCUCAGAACUUAGAUGUCCAACAACCGUCCACAUCUCAGGCAGGGGAGGGUGACAAACAUUUCUCAGGACAGUCAGGAGAGAAGGAAAGCAGACAUCUGAUGCCAGGUACACUCAGGACAGAUUCAAGCUCCUCAGAUUCGAGUGACAGCGAGAGUGAAGACAGUAUCAGCAAGGAGACAGCGUCAUCCUUAAAUGUGCAAGCCAAGAAAGAUGAAAGUGAAGGUGAAGAGACAGAAAGUGAGAGUGAUUCUUCAGAAGAAACUGACACUUUCUCCUGCCAAGCAAUGCCUCAUGUACCCAGACCGGAAGCAGUGGAAACAGACAGUCCACUGUGCACUCUCAGUAGAGACUGUUCAACACUCCCAAUAGACGCUCCAGCAGAAGGUACCACAGAUUCAAAUCUAGGUCCACUAAAGAAACGGAGAAAGAAGAGAAGAAGAAGACCGAUGACUCCUCCGCUGCCCAUGCCCCCAGAUGUUAAAGAUGAUCCUGAGAUGAUGAAGUACUGGGCCCAGAGAUACAGGCUCUUCUCCAAGUUUGACCACGGCAUCAAGAUGGACAGAGAGGGCUGGUUUUCUGUGACACCUGAGAAGAUUGCCCACCACAUUGCUGAGAGGUGUCGUUGUGACCUGAUCGUAGAUGCCUUCUGUGGGGUGGGGGGCAACGCCAUACAGUUUGCCUUCACGUGUGAGAGAGUGAUAGCUAUCGACAUAGACCCGGUGAAGCUGGAGUGUGCCCGACACAACGCUGCCAUAUACGGCGUGGCGGAUCGUAUAGAGUUCCUGCAGGGGGAUUACCUACGGCUGUCGAGGGGGCUGAAGGCUGACGUGGUGUUCCUGAGCCCACCCUGGGGGGGUCCAGACUACCUCACCGCCGACGUCUUUGACAUCAAGACUAUGAUGGUUCCUGAUGGCUUUGAGAUAUUUGAGAAGACCAAGCACAUAACUGACAACAUCGCUUACUUUGUGCCCAGAAAUGCAGAUGUAGAGCAGCUGGUGUCCCUGGCAGGACCGGGAGGGAAGGUGGAGGUGGAGCAGAACUUCCUCAACAGGAAGCUGAAGACAGUCACAGCCUACUACGGGGAACUAGUGGAUGACUAGCUAGCCUCUUAGGUACAAAUCUCAUCUGUUGUCUCUUUUCUUACUUAUUUUGGAAUACAUUCCAUAUAUACGUCGAUGAAGGUUAGACAUCCAGGUAAUACAAUACGCCAAAAAGCAGUUACUCAAGCAACUGGAUAUGAUUUUGGAAACGGUCAGAUGUUUCAGCUAGUAUCCACUAGCUAGUGUCCACUAGCUUUCGUCAGUGACUGAGACUGAGAGUCAUUAUAUACAUGUAGUAGAGGUGGAUUCAUUCUUCAAACGAACUGACAUCUCUCUCAUGCAGUUGUUUGUCAGUAAGACACCUGGAGCCUGUUUAGAACUUUAAUUCAGCCUGUCACAAGACCGGUUUCGUCUGUGGAACAACAUGGAAUGCAUUCCAUGUUGUUGAGCUAAGAAACUUAACCUUUAGUACACUGAAGUAGUCAUUUGACUAUCAAUUCUCUAUUGGUUAAUAUGGGAUCCAAUGAGACAGCAGGGAGAAGGUUAAUUGAAAUUGACUCUUUUUUUGUCCAGAUGCAGGGAAUAUCUGUAACAUGGUUGAGAAACCACGUAUUAGAUGAUUUAGAAAGGGGAAGUUCAUCCAUUUUAGUUUGUUUUAACAAGAUGGAAGGCAACAGUCCUUC